UCUCUCUCCUUCACUUAAAUUAGCUCAUUUUUUUACCCUCGUCAACAACCCACUUAUUCCCCUGACUGUAGCGGAAUGUUUGUGAAGCCGGAACCAAUAUGCUGUACGGCGCUGGCGGCCGGAGCAUUGUUUUGGUAAAGGACCACCAAUUUUCUGUGAAGGUUUGGUCGGGACAGUUCCGGGGACGCAGCAGUUAGGUCUUCGUCUUCAUCUCCCGCUAUGCACCGACAGAAUUUUCGACCCCCGACUCCUCCUUACCCCGGCCCGGGUGUAGGAGGUUGGGGUAGCGGGAGCAGCUUCCGGGGUACCAUGGGCGGAGGCGGACCUCGGCCACCCUCCCCUCGGGACGGGUAUGGGAGUCCUCAUCACACGCCGUCGUACGGGCCCCGGCGUAGGCCCUACGGGAGCAGCCAUUCUCCACGACACGGCGGCAGCUUCUCUGGGGGCCGGUUCGGGUCUCCGUCCCCUGGCGGCUAUCCUUGCUCCUACUCCAGGUCCCCCGCGGGGUCCCAGCAGCAAUCCGCCUACUCCCCAGGGCAGCAGCACGCCCACCCCCAGGGUUCUCCAAGGACAUCUACACCUUUUGGAUCAGGGCGUGGUAGAGAAAAAAGAAUGUCUAAUGAGUUGGAAAGUUAUUUCAAGCCUUCAAUGCUUGAAGAUCCUUGGGCUGGCCUAGAACCAGUAUCUGUAGUGGAUAUAAGCCAACAAUACAGCAAUACUCAAACAUUCACAGGCAAAAAAGGAAGAUACUUUUGUUAACAUUUCUGAAAUUCAACUGGAAACUUCAUUUGUCAGGAACACCUUGGACAAAGCUUUCACUUGUGUAUUUAAGUUGAACCCUGACAUGGGUCUUACUGGUAUUUUUCAUCAUAUCAAAUACCGAUAUUAGAGAAGACAUAUAGUAGGAUGAUACGCAAUAUUUAGCUCUCUGAAAGUGCCUGCCACAUUUUAGAAGAUUUACUUUCCAAAUAUUUAACAUUGUUGGUUAUGUAAUGAACAUUUGUCUUUUCAUGUUUUAAAAUAAAACAUUUUGUCUAGCUAUAUUGUGGUUUCGUCAUAUGCUAAAGGAGUAGGAUUAUUAAAAUAACACUUUGUAUUAUUCAUCAGUAUUUGCCUACUACAACUUUUGAAAAUAAAAUAGAUAAACCAUCCUUUGAGCUGUAGACAAUUCCAUAUUUGUUCAUAGGGAAAGAGGUAAGGAAGAGAAUAAAGGAGAUUUCUGUUCCUAUUUUAACCAUUGUUUUAUGUGCAUACUUUAUGUAAUGUUUUUGUGAAAAUGCAUUGGAAACUUGAUUGGAAGUCACAGAGACUCACUUACGCUUCAAUAAAAGAGUUUUUUGCACUCGCUUAACUGGAAAGGACAAGGACAUACCUAUUUCUUGCAUUAUUAGGCCAAAGUAUUUUGUGUCUGAAUUUCUCUACAGUUUUCCAUAUUGUGAA